UGGAGGAGAUGCACGCGUUUCUGCUACACUCCUGCACUUUAACACUGAGGAAUGGCUCUGACUCAGCAAAUGUGCAGUUUUGGCCUGAAGUCUACAAGAACUACAGGAAGUCUGAUGAAUCUUUAAGCUCUUAGGACCCGGUGUCCUAGUGUGUGGACAUCACAUUUUGGGUAUUACCACAGUAGGUAACCCUGCUUAACUGGAGCCCUGUGGCUACAUGUUUAGAGGGUCAGCUCAAAAAUUAGCUUGGGUCUCAAGAGGUUAAAGGAGACGUGUGUUUCUAACAUCAGACUAAACAUUCUCCUUAGUAAAGUGGCUCAAAGCUGGGCUUAAGCUUUGUUCCUUGUCAGGUUCAGUGUCCAUACAGUGAUUCCAUAGAUUGUAUAAUAGAACUGGACUGAGCGGGUGUGAUGUAACCCAGAGAAAAUGCCUUACCUCCAGCUCUAACCAAAAUAAGCAAAUUCAGUCCCCAUUUUUCUACGAGAUGGAGCCAGACAACAGUGAUUGGUGAAAACCGUUCUGCGUCAGAGCUACUGUCACCAAUCAGGAGUGGGCGUGUUCAAAGUUCACACCCAUUCCACUGAGAGUGAGCUCAGGAAAAUCUGUCAAUCAAACAUUGAGGUGGGGGCACGCAGGCCACACAUGUAUUUACUAAGGCAUCUGAUUGGUCAGUUUAGAACUUGAAUAACUUGCGAUAAAUAAAAAUAUUAUGAAAAAAUGAGGAUCUUUUUAAAUGAGGCUGUCUUUAAAAAAGGUAUCAGAUCAAGAAUGGUUCAUCUGACCUGUUUAUUUUUCUACAGAAGUCUAUGAGAUUUUGGCAUUUUGGAGCCAGCGGGUGCUUCCUGAUUGAACUCCAGGGGGGCGGGGCCACUCAGUCCAGUUUUUUACAUAAGUGAAUCUAAUCAGCUUGAUCCAUUGAGGACUAAAAACCUCCCCUUCCUAGUGCUGUUUUGUAUGAAUGUUUGUGUUCAGGCUAUGUGUGUGUGUGUGUAUGUGUGUGUGCGCGUGUGUGCGUGUGUGUGUGUGUGUGAGUGUGUGUGUGUGUGUAUGUGUGUGUGUGUGUGUGCGCGCGUGUGUGAGUGUGUGUGUGUGAGUGUGUGUGUGUGUAUGGUGUCUCAGGGAUUAUUUGUGCACUUUAUCUGUGUGCAAUACUUUGGAUAAUAACCGCCUCUGGUUUGUUUGCAGCUGAAACCGCUGAUGUUUUUACAAACCAGGAUAGCUACUCCCACAAUGCACAGGUUCCAGAUUUGGUGAAACAGGCUCAGUCCAAGAAGCACAGACACGUCACCAUCGUGUGAUCAAAAAUCACGGAACCCACAGCAAUGUUUUUGUGGAGUUGAUUAGAAUUGAAACCAACAGUAUAACAUUUUGAUGAUCUAAUGAUCUAAUAAAUCGAACUUUACUGACUCUGUAUUCUCAAAGUUACUUUGAAAUGCCAUUCAACUCAUCACACAUUGGGUCUUGGUUUACUUUUUUAGACAGAGGUCACAUCCUGCCUGUUGGGCAAACCCGCUAGCAUCAUUCAACUUCACACCUUCCAUUUCUAUUGAAGUAAAUCCAGAAAUCAGUCGCUUUGAGAUUUCUUCCAUGCGUGUUUUUAAGUUGGGAGAAUGACCAGAAAAAGCGAACGGAAUGAAAUUAAGAGGUUUUAUUUUCUCUAACAAAGAGCUCUAAACAAAAAUAAAACAGAUCGAUCUGGGUUCCCAAAUCCCAAACCAUCAAAACGUAAGAAAUUACAAUCCGCUUCACAUGAGGCCGUCUGGGAACCAAGCUUUUUCCAAAGCAUGGCUCUUUUAAACAUAUGGUCAGAUUCCCUCCUCCUGAAGCAUGAUGGCCGCUGAAUCUCCGCCUCUGGUCGCUAGAGAUUGGCUGACAGAGGAGCCCGCCUACUUCCUUGAGUCCAUCCAUGAAAUCACAGCAUCUGGUCUCUGCUUCCCGUGGUACUCCACAGGUGGCCGGAAUUGCCAGCAUGCAUACAGUAGAUCAUAAAGCUUUUGUUCUCCACACGUGAACGGACGCCUGAAGUGGUUCCCACAGUUACAAUCCGUCCCAGAGAUAGUUAAUUUAUGGUCCAUGUCAGACCUACAACCAAAUGGCCUCAGAAUAUCAAAGACUGUUUCUCCUGAAGGGGGGAUGAGAUUGGAGCUGCAUUCCUGAAACUUCUCACAUAUGCAACUUAAGGAAGCUUCUUCAAAGUACAAAGGGUGUUAAAGCACACACUUCAGCAAAUGACUUAUCUUCAAUGUAAUAAAAUUUAAGACUGACAACCCUAAUGAAAUUACCAAAAAUAUAAAUUCCUUCACUAUCUUCAGACUCAUCCCUCUAUCUGACACUCUUUUUACCUCCACAACACUCCUAACAAACUCCCCCUUUAUAGGUCUGGGUGAAAAAUCAAUUGAAUUAAAUAAUUCAAAUUUUUUGUUCCAGGCGAUUUCAAAAAUAACUAAAUUGAGUUUUUGUGUAAUGGCGUAUCUUUGGUAGCGUUAGUUUCACACGGCAGUAUGGCAACCGACAAGCAACAACAUCAUCAUAGCACACACGAAACAGCAAGCGACAGCAUGUCUACCAGUGAGAGAGGGAAGUUUGUUCCCAAGAAAGGAAUCCAAUCAUCUGUUUGGAACUGGUAUGGGUUUACUGCCACAGACGUGGAGGAAGAUGUAACAAUAUGGUAUAUUGUUUGUUUAAGUUCAUGGACCUGCCACUAGAGGGCAAUGUUGGUUUGUCUAUUUAUGUUGAAGUUCAGGAAGUGAGACCGGAGAAUAAGAGAUACAGGCCGACGGUGUUAAUAAAUGCAGACCCAGUUGGGAUAUUGCAACGAAGCUGGACUGGUUUUUUGUGUGGAAGCACCCACUUUAACAUGGUGGCAGCGGUAGAGAACUCUACCUGGAUUUUUUAAGAGCAUUUUUUUCUCUCGUCGUUUGCUGCUGACGUGCCGUGGAAGACGGUGAAGCGCUAACAUUAGCAGAGCUUAGCAUCACACACGGACGAGCUAGCUAAAAUGGAAGGCCUGAAAACUCCACAAGUGCUGUGUCUGGACUCCAACAACCUGUCGAAAACAUGGAAGGCAUGGAGAGAUGAGUUUCAACUUUAUGUUGGAUUGACAGUUGCCCCAGAUGAGGAGGAGCGGCUGAAUUAUCCCGGGAGAACUCCAAAGCAAUUGCAAGUACAACGGAGGAUGUUCACGCUGUACACAGGUCUCCUCACCAGCAUCAGACAAAGAGAGACAAAGAAAGCACAGUGUAAUGCAAGUUUUGUGGCCGAACGCAUGAAAGGAGCAAACUAAAAUGUCCAGCAUUUGGGAAAAAAUGCAAAAAGUGUGGUAAGGAAAACAACUUUGCUGCAAAAUAUAAAGCCCGCAUUGACACACGAAAGAAGAAAACAGUGCAUCUUAUAACAGAAUGUGAAAGUGAGUUUGAGGAUAUUUUGUGUGUUAAAGAUGAGGCACAUGGUGAAAAUGUAGAACCUGUUAGUUCUGACAAAAUGAAAGACGCUAAACUGUUUGCAAACAUGCUCUUGGGCAAAAAGAUGGUAAGAUUUCAAAUAGACUGUGGAGCCACAUGUAAUGUGUUACCUGUUGACCUGCUAAACAAAGAUGUAACACUUGAUGAAACAAACUCUGUAUUAGUGAUGUAUAAUGGUAGCAAAGUGAAGCCACUGGGUAAAUGUAAAGUGAAGUUAAGGAACCCCAGAAACCAAAAACUAUACCAGUUAGAGUUCCAGGUGGUAGACAAAGACAGCCCUGUGCCACUGAUUGGUAAAAGAGCUAGUGAAGCUAUGAAGCUGACAAAAGUACAAUACGAAAACAUUAUUACUAUGGAUAGCAUUGUGACAAAAGGAGAAGACGCAAACGGAAAAUGGACUUUCGAACAAAUUAAGACGGAUUUUGCAGAUGUGUUCACAGGAGACGGUUGUCUGGAAGGAGAAUACAAAAUGGAAUUGGACCAGUGCGUGAAGCCAGUACAACUCCCAAAGCGACGAGUGCCUGUCGCCAUGAUGAAGCCACUAAAGGAGGAGCUUCAGAAGUUGGAGCAGAGAGGUAUUGUCACCCCAGUUGACUGUAGCACAGAUUGGAUCAGCAGCAUGGUGGUUGUGCAAAAGCAGAACGGUAAACUCAGAGUUUGCAUUGAUCCAAAGCCCUUGAAUAAGGCACUCAAAAGAAGUCACUUUCCAUUGGCUACUAUUGAGGAUGUACUUCCAGACAUGUCUAAGGCAAAAGUGUUCACAGUUUGCAACGUUAAGAAUGGAUUUUGGCAUGUGAAACUCGCAGAGGAGUCGAGUUACCUGACUACCUUCUCCACUCCAUUUGGGCGCUACAGAUGGCUUAGAAUGCCCAUGGGGAUUAGUCCAGCACCUGAGGUUUUCCAGAGAAAACUGACCCAAGCUCUGGAUGGGCUGCCAGGCCUUUACAUUAUUGCUGACGAUGUGCUUAUAACAGGCCAAGGUGAAAGUCAGGAAACAGCCAUCCAAGACCAUGAUGCAAAGUUGAGAAAAUUCCUGGAACGCUGUCAACAGAAAAACAUCAAACUGAACCCAGAAAAGUUUAAACUGAGACAACGUGAGUGCACGUACAUUGGACAUCGUCUCACAGCGAAUGGACUUAAAAUUGACCCAGACGAGGUGCGUGCAAUUGAACAAAUGCCGAGGCCCACAGAUGUGAAGGCAGUACAAAGACUGCUAGGCAUGGCUAAUUAUUUAGCUAAGUUUUGCCCACAUCUUUCCAACCAGUGUGCAGUGUUAAGACAGUUGACCCAUAAAGACACGGAAUGGGAAUGGACAGAUCAUCAUGAGAAUGCUUUUGUGAAACUUAAACAGACGAUUGCAGAUGCUCCUACCCUGAAGUACUACAGCCCAGAAGAUGAUCUGGUGGUGCAAUGUGACGCAUCAGACGCAGGUUUGGGUGCAGCACUCCUACAGAAGGGCAAGCCCAUCGCAUAUGCAAGUAGAGCACUCACGCAAACAGAACGCGGUUAUGCUCAGAUCGAGAAGGAGUUUUUAACUAUGGUUUUCAGUGUUGAGAAGUUCCAUCAGUACACUUAUGGUCGCCAAGUCACCGUCCAAUCUGACCAUAAGCCCUUAGAGACCAUAGUUAGAUAACCACUGUUAAGUGCACCAAAGAGACUCCAAAGAAUGAUGCUACGUAUUCAGAAAUAUGACCUGAAUGUGGUGUACGUCCCAGGCAAAGACAUGUUACUGGCAGACACAUUAAGCAGAGCAUACCUCCCAGAAUGUGCACACCAGGACUCUGGAGAAGCUGAAAUAGAGACUGUUAAUAUGUUGCAACAUUUGCCUAUUUCCCAUGACAGUCUUAGCCAGAUCAGAACAGCAACAAAAGGUGACAAAACUCUACAAAUGAUUAUCAAAAUGAUGCAGCAAGGAUGGCCUUCAGAUAAAAGAAAAUUACCAACUGAAACAAAACCAUACUUUUCUUUUCAAGAGGAACUCAGUCACCAAGAUGGCAUUGUGUUUAAAGGAGAACGUGCGGUUAGCCCUUCUUCCCUCCAGGAGGACAUCACCAGGCGCCUGCACUCAUCUCAUUUUGGUGCAGAAGGAUGCCUGAGGAGAGCCAGGGAAUGCGUGUUCUGAUUUGGCAUGAGUGACCAAAUCAAGCCACAUAUUGCUCGUUGUGAUAUCUGCAGGUCAGUAGAUGACAAACAACAAAAGGAAACACUCCACCCACAUGAAAUACCAAACAGGCCGUGGGCUAAAGUGGGUGUUGACUUAUUUCAGUUUGACAACAAAGACUAUCAUGUAAUAGCUGACUAUUACUCCAACUUUUGGGAGAAAGACUUUCUGCCAGACACCAAAUCGAGCACAGUGAUCAAAAAAUUAAAAGCUCAUUUUGCCGGAUACGGCAUCCCCAACACUGUAGUCUCAGACAAUGGACCACAGUACUCUUCCCAAGAGUUUCAGAGAUUCAGCCUGCGGUGGGAAUUUGAACACAAAACCUCAUCCCCAGGUUUCUCACAGAGUAAUGGCAAAGCCGAGUCAGCUGUUAAGACGGCCAAGAGACUGUUACACAAAGCCAAAGCUUCUGGACUAGAUCCUUAUCAUGGGCUGUGUCCGAAUUACCGCCCUAAACCCUAUAUAGUGCACUAUAUAGUGCGGUCGCCAUUUUGUAGUGCUGUCCGAAUCUACAGUUCAAAAAUCAUG